AGGCUUUUUGUACCGGGGCUCGCUACUGUGCACGCGGUGGCGAGUGGCGAUGCCAUCAUGCCGUGGUACGGUCAGUAUGGGGUGCGGCGCUACAGCCUGAGCUCGCUAUGAAGUAUAAAGCUGUUAUUUAGUGGCUAUGACCAACCUCCGACCUCCUGGUUGCUGCCUCACGUGGACUCUCUGUUUAUUAUUAACCGCUGCGAGUGAGAGCGUGGCCCCUCCAGACAGCUUGCGACUCGUGUGGCUGUCUAACACGUCUCUUACAUGCAACGAUGGAACACCUGCCGGAUACUACAUACGUCGCGGAACAAACAGCCAUCAUUGGGUCGUCUACUUGGAAGGCGGUGGAUACUGCUGGGAUGCUAAAUCCUGCAGAGCACGCUGGAAGAGAAGGCCGGGUCUCAUGUCUUCAGCACGUUGGCCCAGAGCACGCAGAGCUCCGGCUUUGCUCUCCAUGGAUCCAGCAGCCAACCCUCUAUGGCACAACUCAAAUCACGUCCUCCUGCCAUACUGUUCAAGUGAUAUGUGGGCUGGAACCCGAACCAAGUCAUCCAAUGAUAGCUUUGUAUUCACUGGCCGUCUGAUUGUUAAAGCUGUGCUCAGUGAAUUGCUGCAGUUUGGUCUUAAAGGACGUGUUCUACUCGUUGGUUCAAGUGCUGGAGGAACUGGAGUUAUGCUUCACGCAGAUGCCGCAAGACGAAAUCUAAGAACACAUGGAAUUCGGGUGGCAGCUAUCGCUGACUCGGGCUGGUUCCUGGACAGACAUACCCGGGCAAGACGUAUUUCUGUUGAUGCGAUAGCGAAACUCGGCCAUUCUCUAUGGCAAGGGUCUCCUCCGACAUCUUGCGUUAGACAAUUUCGAGAAAAGCCAUGGCUGUGUUAUUUUGGAUAUCGGCUAUAUCCGCACAUUCGAACGCCAUUGUUUGUAUUUCAGUAUUUGUUUGACUCAGCUCAAUUGACUGCAGAAGGCGUAAGAGCUCCUCGAACUCGUGCGCAGUGGGAUGCAGUUCAUGAGACUGGAACAGCGUUGCGUUCGAGCUUAAAAGGUGUGAGGGCAACAUUUGCUCCUGCCUGUAUUGCCCACGGGGCCUUGGCAAGACCUGAAUGGCUGGCGAUUAAUGUUUCCGGAAUACCGCUGCCCCGAGCGAUCAGAUGUUGGGAGCAACGUUUUAGUGCCCCUAAUAGACGUGAGCAUGCAAGAUGUGCCCCAAGGAGGCUUAUAGAGAGAUGUUCAUGGCCACAAUGCAAUGGCUCGUGUCCGCGACUGCGUGACCCUCGCACAGGCGAGGAAGUUGCUUUAGCUGCACUUUUGCAGAGUUUUGGGCUCGAUGUGAAUGGAGCGGCUGCUGCUAUGGGACUAGACGCCCGAGCCUUAUCUCGCAUGAGUCGAGCAGAACUUUUGCCAUUAUUGGCACCACAUACGUGAUAUUUAUAGACUAUAGGUGCAUAUCCGCACGAUGAAUCUACCUCGUUUUUGUUGCAAGUACAAUUAUUAUUAAUGUUAGUUAUUAUUUAUUGUAAUGAGAUACUGCAGUAUUUAUAACAAGUAAAGAAGUAAUAAUCUGUG